GUGGCUUACCAUUAGCUUACUUCUGCCACCAGCACAAGACACCCAAAAUCUUGAGCCUCCCUCACCAUUUGCUUUCCCCACAGCAAAACCGAUUUGGAAAUAAAACGUUUCGAUCGAAACCCAACCAUUUAGGGUUCUGCAGAGCAAUUCCAAUGGCGAAGAAGAGGAAGUCAGAUGCUACACGGCUGGACGAGGUAGAUCGAAACAUUUACUCCACCUUCUGCAGUGCUGCCAACUCUCUGUCACAGCUCUACAGCCAGGCCAUGCACCAGCAGAGGCUCUCCUUCCAAGCCGGUGAACGUCACGCGUUGGUUCGAUCCCUUCCCUAUUUGAUUUUUCAUUGGUUCGAUUUUAUGGGUUUUCUCUGCUUUAGCUUUUGA